UUUAGGGACAACAGCGCAGGAUUCAAACUGAACAUGGCUGCGGGGAAAGAUGUUGAUGAAAGCACGCAAAAUAGAAGAAGCAUGGUGACCCACUGUGAGGAGUCGCCCGGCUCCUCUUGUUCUGUCAGACCGCCGGUCAUCUUCAACCCAGAUUUUUUUGUUGAGAAACUCCGCCACGAGAACCCCGAAGCGUUCCUGGAGCUUGUGCUCAGUAACAUAACCAGGCUUAUAGACCUUCCUGGGACCGAGUUCGCCCAGCUCCUUGGUGAGGAUUGCCCCAAAACCCCGACGAGUGGAAAUGGAGGCUUUUUCCGCUCUUUCAACUUCCUUAAGCGAAAAGAUAAAGCCGUCGUCUUUGGAACCACGCUGACUGAGAGCUGCAUCGCACAGAUCUAUCAGCUUAUCGAGUUCCUCAGCAAAAAUCUACAUGUGGAGGGUUUGUUCCGGGUGCCGGGGAACAGCGUUCGGCAGCACGCCUUAAAGGAGCUCCUGAACGGCGGGGCGGAUGUCGACCUGGAGGCCGGAGAUUUUCACCCCAACGAUAUUGCCUCUCUUCUUAAGACUUUUCUGGGAGAGCUGCCGGAGCCUCUGCUGACACACCGACACUUCCAUGUGCACCUGAAGAUAGCUGACAUGACUCUGUUUGAUGACAAAGGAAAUAAAACAGCGGUUCCAAACAAGGAGCGUCAGAUCGAGGCCCUGCAGCUCCUCUUCCUGUUGCUACCGCAGGCCAACCGCUCGCUGCUCAAACUGCUGCUGGACCUGCUCUACCACACCGCCAAGCAGCAGGACAAGAACAAAAUGUCUGCCUACAACCUGGCACUCAUGUUUGCCCCGCAUGUCCUCUGGCCCAGACAUAUGACAGCCGGCGACCUUAAAGACAAUCUGAAGAAGCUGAACAACAGCAUGGCCUUCCUCAUCAAGCAUUCACAGAAGCUCUUCAGGGCUCCAGUUUAUUUGAGGGAAUAUGCCAGGGUCCAUUUUAACGGAACCAAGGUUCUGCAGAGUAAGGAUGACCUGGAGCUGCUGGCGGUCAGCAGCUCUCCUGUCCAGCGGACGGCGCCGCCUCUGAAGCGGACAGCUGGUGUGGGCCUCGGCGUGCAGGAGGCGAGUCAGUCACCUGCUCAGCAGUACACAGAGGAGGCCCUGAAGGAGCUCUUCAGGCACGUCCACCAGAACAUGCCCGACUCCGCCAAGAAGAAGAAACUCGUCCGACAGCUCGUCAAACAGACUCAUUCAGGAACAUCUAGCGAGGAUCAUCUGCUCCCUCCAGCCGCCAGUAAGAAGCAUCCUCGUUCCCGCUCCCUUGGGGGCCUUAUCAAGCGAAAAGCUCGAGGCGAGCAGAUGAGAGAGAGACACAUCUCACCUGAAGCCGCUGGGAAAAAACUAGGAAAAGAAAAUCUCCUCCUCCAGUCGGGGAACAGUCCGUCAGCCGGAUCUGUCAUGGGGAAAGCAGGACUUGUAGUUAAAAAUCCAGAUUUUAUCUUUCACAAAAACAAACCUCUCAAGGUUUCUAAGGACUCUCCCUCCGUCUCCAGGAUGUGUUUCUCUCCGGCUCAGGAAGUGUCAGUAUGAACCAAGAUUGGACUAGGACAGUAUUAAACAGCCAUUACACAUGUGAAUAUUUAGGUUGUAUCCAGCUGUGACUAAUGUCAGAUUGAGCCAUCAGAACCGGAGUUAUAAAGUGGUACAAAUAGUUAUACAGGUCUGCAUGUUUUAUUUAGAAUGACAACAUUUUAGGAAUGCUUACAGAUUAGAGUCGUAAUAAUACAUGACGAAUAUCAGCAGCUAGCGGAUUAGCUUCAGGGUUCUGCUGCAUAAAGGAAAACCACUGACAAAAUGCAGAAUAUGUGUAAAUGUUGUAGGAAUUGUUUUAUAUAAAUACAGUGUGUGCCUUUUUUUAAUUUUUGUUUUUAUGGGAAUCGUGUAAUUUUGGGAGCCAUUUGUGAAAGUGAGAUCCAAUGUCAGUGAGCUUUACACUUUAUUUUCUUGAGACAUCCUACACUGAAAAAAAAGAGACUGGAGCUCCAACUUAAAAAAAAAUAAAUUAAUUAGUCACCAAUAAUUGAAUGAAGUUUGUCAAGCUUACAUUAUUUACAUUUGUUUAACUUGAAAAUACUUAAUAAAUUAACUUGGGUAAGCUUAAUUUGAUUAUUUGUGACUAAUUAGUUUAAUAUAUUUAAGUUGGAUUUCCUAUUCUCUUUUUUCAGUGUAAUUUUUAAACGUUUUAGCUCUGCCUGCUCCCCCUGAAUGCUGUUCAAUGAGGACAUCAGCUGUAACAUUACCUUUAUUUUGAGGUGCGUUGUUUAUUUUUAUUUGGGUUCAUUAAUGACAGGAAGUUAUUUUUGUCUAAUGGAGUUUGGAGGAUUUGUUGAUGGCUUGAGUGGAAGUUGAAGGAAGGGAUUUUUGAGCAGAAAUGAACAGAAAGCACAACAGGUGACGAUUGGGUAAAGCAGACGCAAAAGAAAGAUUGAAGAUCAGAUCGUUGAUUUUUACCUUUGCGGAAUCGUUAACACUUUAGGUUUUUGUUCUGAAAUAAGCCGUUGUUUUUUUUGUGUGUGUAUUCAGACUUUAUGACAUGAUGGCGUAUUAGGACCAUUAUAUGUAGAAAAAAAGGAGCAAAAUUUCCACCAAAAAAACUUAAAACUUUAUAGAAAACAAAAAAACUUUUAAACUUCUGAGUUUGAAAGGAUUAAUAUUUUCUAAAAAAAAUUUAGAUUAAUUUUAUAAAUUUUCUGGAGAGAACUUUUGACACUUAGAGAAUUUCCAUAAGUUAUUUUUUUUUUUUUUAUUUCAAACAGAAAUUUCCACUAUCAUCUUUCUAGACAAUUUCUGAGAUUAAUCUCAAAAUUUAGGAUUUUAUGUUCCCUAGGAAAUAUUUAACUUUUCAAACUCUGAAUUUUUACAUUUUUGUCUAGAAAAUCUAAAAUUUUCUGAGUUUUUUUCUAGCAAAUUUUCAACUGUUAAACUGAAAUUUUCAAGUUUCUUCAAAAGAAAUGUCUGAGAUCAAUCUCAAACUUUUGGAGUCUUUUUUCCUAGCAAAUAUUUGUCUUUCCAAACUCUGAAACUUCCUUGUUUUUCCUAUAAAAUUUCUUAGUUUUCACUUUCAACGUUUCAAACUCAGAAUUUUUACAUUUCUUUUUUCUAGAACAUUUCGGCGAUCUCAAAAUUUGAGUUUGUUUCUAGGAAAUGUUUAACUUUUCAAACUGAGAAAUUUCAUUAGUUUCAAAAUAAUACUUUUUGGUGGAAAUGCACUUUUUUCACUCUACAUUUGCCCCGAUUCGCCGUCGUAGAUGAACACUGACACGGCCUCCCCUCUAAACCCCCAGAUCUCAUCUAGUUCUCUCCAGCAGUAUUUUCCUUGAGACACUAAAAGUGAUUUCUGUUUGGAGGCCACGUUACAGUAACCUGUGAUUUAUCAUGUGAUGGAGCGACGUUGAGCUGGAAAUGUGCUGCUGUUGUAUCUUGUUUGGGUUUUCGGACGCUCUGAGGAAGCAGGAAAGAUGGAUUGUGAAAGUGAUGAAGGGCCGAACCGGACAGAAGGACGAUAAUAUACCUCAUUUAUCUGGGUUUGGAUGCCUUGUGCUUCUUUCUAGACGUAAAUCGGUUUUAUCUUGUGAAUUAAACUGAUAUUUAUCUGUCGUCUAAAAGAUUAAAUUUUGGUCGUGAAUAGGCUGGGUUUUGUAAGAUUCGCUUUCUGGAAUCAUUUCUUAGUAAGAGGAACAUGUUCAGUCUUUAAAACUGUUACAUUGUCCUGUGAAGUAUUAUUUUUAAGUUACACGUUAACACUCACAGUAAACUUGUUACAUUUCCUUUGGCCUGCAGAGGAAAUUUAGACUGUGGAGAUAAGUGACAUUUUUAUUUUUUUCAAUUUCUACAUUAUUAUUUUUUUUUAUUGUUGGGAUGCUAACAGGUGACUUUAAUAAUAUUCUGUCUAGUUUGUCCAACCACAACACUCCCAAUAUUGUGUUGAAUUAACCUGUGACUUCUCUUGUGUGGUUUUAACUGUGGUUACGUUUUUGUAUUUUUUUUUUAUUUUUUAUGUAAAAUAAGCUAACCUUGUACAGAGUGUUCCUUAGUAAGCCAUCUGUUUUGAUUAAAUUUCUUCAUUUUCUAA